UUUCGAUAGUCUGAUCCAAGUCUGAUCAUACUCUGAGUCUCUAGGUGGGUUAUUUUUUUAAAAUGAUCAGCGAGCAUUCGUCUCGCUCUCGUUUCCUUCACCCUGGACUAUAUAGCGACGUGUACAUGUAGGCGAUUUCAUAACGGCGGUGGUAGUAUUACCAGUCAUUGCCAACUCCACUCUAUCCCAUCUGCCAGCUAUUUUGUCGUUUCCGCAGCGACGCCGAGUACUGUUGCAGCACGGCGUAGCGGAAGCACCGUGACUGUCGCAGUGAUGGCGGGGGCAGUAUUGCAGCACCGUGACUGGCGCACUUAUCUGGUCUCUCAAGAUCUUAUCGCUCAAACUCGUUCUUUACUUAUUCAUUCUCUUCUACUGGGUCAUGCUGAUACCCAAUGUCACUUGGCUGGACCUAUGUCUUGCUGGUAUUGGAGCAUACUUGGUCAAGCAGGUGUUCAACAAGAAUGCCACAUCAUACCCCCCCGGUCCCCGUGGGUGGCCUCUCGUUGGGAAUAUCCAAGACAUGCCUCAAAUCAAGCCUUGGCUCACCUUUACAGAGUGGGGCAAGAAGUAUGGUGCUAUCUCGCAUGUUGAGGUCCUGGGUCAUCACAUCAUUGUGCUAAAUUCAGUCAAGAGCGCGGUGGACAUGUUGGACAAGAAAGGCGCUUUGUACUCUGACCGUCCCGUUCUGCCCAUGGCUGGCGAACUUGUUGGCUGGAAGUCCACUUUGGUUCUUCUUCCGUAUGGUAACCGCUGCCAUCAGCAGCGCAAGAUCAUACACCAAAUUAUAGGCAAUCGUGCCGCCUUGGAAGUCUACCACCCGAUCGAGGAGAUUGAAUUUCACCGAUUCCUGAAGCGUGUGUUUUCGAACCCCGAACAACUCCAAGCUCAUAUUCGACACACCGCUGGUGCCAUCAUCCUGCGAAUUUCUCAUGGUUAUGAGGUGAAGGAGAACAACGAUCCAUUUAUCGACCUUGCGGACCGGGCUGUGGACCAAUUCUCGCAGUGCACUGCUCCCGGCGCCUUCAUGGUUGACAUCAUGCCAUUCUUGGCCAACGUCCCUGAAUGGUUUCCUGGUGCUGGCUUCAAACGCUUAGCCCGCGAAUGGUCCAAGACUCGCGAGGAUAUGGUUGCCACACCCUACAAGUUCGUUAAGGAUCAGAUGGCUGCUGGCAUUGCCCCGACGUCUUUCACCUCAAAUCUGUUGAAGGGCCGUGCUUUAUCUGCGGAAGAGGAUGAUAUGGUGAUGUGGGCUGCUGCAUCCCUAUACGCUGCUGGUUCCGAAACGACAGUUUCUAUGAUCUACUCGUUUUUCCUUGCCAUGACACUGUUCCCUGAUGUGCAGAAGAAGGCUCAGGCUGAAAUAGACGCUGUCGUUGGUCCUGAUCGUCUUCCCUCCUUUGCAGAUCGCGACUCCCUCCCUUAUACCGAGGCGCUUGUGAAGGAAGUCUUCCGCUGGAGUGUUGUCGCACCAAUCGGUAUCCCCCAUCGCGUCACCGAGGACGAUAUCUAUGACGGGUACCACAUCCCGAAAGGUUCCUUGGUAAUACCUAACAUUUGGUUCAUGCUCAAUGACCCGCGGACAUAUGGUAACCCCUCGCAAUUCAACCCUGAACGCUUCUUGGACAAUAACGGGAAAGAUCCUGAACUCGAACCUCGCACGAUCUGCUUUGGUUUUGUAUCUGCCCCGGUCUCCACCUCGCUGAUGCUUCCGUCUGGAUAUCCAUCCGCAAUGUCACUCGCAGUGUUUGAUAUCUCCAAGGUCGUUGAGAAGGGUGUUGAGAUCACCCCUGAAGUUGACCAUACACCAAGCACGAUCAGCCACCCCAAGCCGUUCAAGUGCUCUAUCAAGCCUCGUUCUACAACCGCCAUUGCGCUCAUUCAACAGGAUGCUAACUACUAAGGGCGCAAAGAUGAUUCUCGUCAUCUCAAUCUGUCGUGCAUCCCGAUAUUGUAUAUAUUUUGUAUCAUCUUGUUGAAUCAAUACUCCUCGCUGUCUACAUUA